AUCAAUAGUUUGUGCUGAAUGGCUGGAGCUCAGACUCCAGAGGUGGAGAUCUGACUCUGUUGCGCUCCAGAGGUUUCUAAACGCAGACACUUUUAACAACCACCUGAAAGUGCAACACGGCAGAAACAUGAGGCAACACUGCGCGCUCAAACACGGAAUAUUCAAGGAGUUCCUGGCUGAAUUCCUGGGAACGUUCGUCUUGGUACUGUUCGGCUGCGGCUCAGUUGCUCAGACGGUGCUGAGUCGAAACACGCUGGGCGAGCCGCUCACCGUCCACAUCGGCUUCUCCGUGGGCCUCAUGAUGGCCGUGUACGUGGCUGGAGGGGUGUCAGGAGGCCAUGUGAACCCCGCCGUGUCUCUGGCCAUGGUGAUUCUGGGGAAACUAAAGAUCUGGAAGUUUCCCUUCUACGUCAUCGCUCAGUUUCUUGGUGCUUUUGCAGGAGCUGCAGCCGUCUUUGGAUUAUAUUAUGAUGCUUUCAUGGACUUCACCAGCGGUAUUCUGUCGGUGACAGGAAUCAAUGCGACAGGUCACAUUUUUGCCUCCUACCCUGCCAGACACCUGUCAGUCCUGGGCGGCUUCAUCGAUCAGGUGGUGGGGACAGGUAUGCUGGUUCUCUGCAUCCUGGCGAUCAUUGACGGUGGGAACAUCGGCGCUCCUAAAGGAGUGGAGCCGCUGGCCAUCGGUCUGAUCAUCAUGGCCAUCGGCGUCUCCAUGGGACUCAACUGUGGCUACCCUCUGAACCCGGCCAGAGACCUGGGACCCCGGCUGUUCACCGCGGUGGCCGGGUGGGGGAUGGAGGUCUUCAGCACUGGAGGCUACUGGUGGUGGAUCCCAGUGGCGGGGCCCAUGGUGGGAGGCGUGGUGGCGGCCGUCCUCUACUUCCUGCUCAUCGAGCUGCACCACCCCCACGACGAGGACGAGAAGGCCCACGAGGUGGAGGAAGAGGAGGAGGAAGAGGAGGAGGACGACGAUGACAGCAGUCUUAAGGAUAAAUACGAGAUGAUCGCCAUGAGCUAAAACAUUCAGCGCCACAGUCAGGACAGCUUCUACAGCUCUUGCCUGGGAAGAGUAUGGAGCUAAAUUGGGGCCAGAAAGUUUGCUCAAUUUAACUUUUU